AUGACAAAUAGUUAUGAACGGUUCGAUUAUGAACCGAAUAGUAAGCCGGUUAAAUUGUCGAUGACGACUAUUAACAAUGAUAAUAGAACAACAUUAGGCUCAACAAAUGAAAAUGAAAAACUUGAUCUUGUCCUAACAAAGCAAAAUCAAGCAUCCAAUGAUGAGGAUCUGACAUUAUAUGAUGAUAAAACAACAAGACAUUCUCUUGUUACACUGAACAUCAUAUCUAUUGUUGUCUCAUCUGUUUGCGGUGUUAUUACCUUUUUUCUUGCUAUUGAAGAGCAAUCAGCAUCAGCACUCGGUUUUGCUGUUGAUACAAUUCUCGAUGUUUUAUCAUUUAUCGCUAUUAUUUGGCGUUUUGUCAGUUCAGUUAAUCAAUUAAAACGGGAAAUUUAUGUACUACGUAUCAUGUCAAUAUUAUUUUUCAUUUCUGGUUUAGGUGUAUUUCUUGAUUCUGUUUUGGAUAUUCGACACAAAAUUAAACCGAUACCAAAUCGUUAUUUAGUCAUAGCCGCAGCUGUUCAAACUAUUGUAUUUGGAGUGUUAGCAUUCGCCAAGGCGAUUGUUGCCAAAAAAUUAAAUGUUAUCUCAGCCUAUUCUGAUGCAUUUAACACAAGUAUUUCGGCUUUCAUGGCUCUAUCUGUCACAGUCAGUGUUACCGUGUACAAUCUCAAUUCCAACGUUUGGUAUUUGGAUCCAAUGGUGGGUUUAGCUAUUUCGAUAAUUAUUAUGGUCUACGGUGUAUGGAUGUUAAAGAAAUCAUUUCAACAAUAA